AUGGUUGCAGUAGCAUGUGGGAAUAAUUGUCGGCUAGGUGCCAUGAACACAGAUAGACAGACAGAGAGACGAGGAGAGGACGAGGCCGGUUUCUUGGGUGGUGACGUCGCGCGCCGCCUAGUCACUUUCGCGACGUUCGCCAGUACAUUUCACACAUUCGCUCAAGCACAAGCCAUUCUCCUGGUCCCAUUCCCCAGCGAUUGUUUAUCACUGCAGCAGCAGCCAGAUAACGGCACAGACGCCCAUCCAGAGACACAUGAAAACAAUCAGGACCAACCAGUAUCGCUUGCGCCUUUAACACAUGCCAUCGCCGCCAUCUAUACUACCGACCUGUGA